ACUGGCCUCACAGAUGAAACAACCACAAAGUUAGGGCUGCACAAUCUGCUGCGAGUGUCCACAAGCAACUCUGACCGAUAUUACUUGACUCGAAAAUGCUGCUAUGUCUUCCAUUGUUUGAAUCUCAAAACCAGCUUCAACUAUCCAACUAUACCAAACAAGAUGGUGAUAGAAGAUGAGCGAGUCACUUCAGCCAUAGAGCAAGCAGUGUUGGAGGAAAUGGAGGAGAAAGGAGUCGAAGCCAGUGAUGACAAGACCUACUAUAGCCUUGUUGCACAGCACACAGCAAGGGCACACAACCUUCUAAACAACAUGAAGGCUGCUAUAUCAAGUACACUUAUAAGAAUAACAGGCUAUGUGUUAUUCAAAGUGUUUAGCAACCUGUUGAUGUCAGUGACUGUUCAUGGGGGUCAGCAAGAGGUCAUUGAGAGGGCUUCACGCAGGGACACACCCGUCAUCUUUGUCCCUCUGCAUCGUUCCCAUGUCGAUUAUCUGUUUGUUACCUGGGUUCUCUUCAACCGUCAAAUUCCAGCACCCAUAGUUGCUGCAGGAGACAAUCUUCGGAUCCCUGUUUUUGGAUGGUUGCUCCGAGGCCUGGGUGGAUUCUUCAUCAAGCGUCGCCUUGAAAGCUGCAAGGCACGGAAGGAUAUUGUAUACCGCUCAGUAUUGCAGACAUAUGUGACACAUGCAUUGCAAGCAGGAUAUAACUUGGAAUUCUUUAUUGAAGGAGGUCGAACUCGCACAGGCAAACCCUGUAUGCCAAAAGGGGGUUUGUUGAGUGUUAUAGUAGAUGCUUAUAUGAAUGGCACUCUGGAUGAUGCUCUUAUUGUUCCUAUUGCCAUUAAUUAUGACAAACUGCUUGAUGGAAACUUCAUCCGAGAGCAAAUGGGACAAAGCAAGGUCCCUGAAUCAUUCUGGGGAGCAGUAAGGGCAAUAAUAAAAGUGCUGUCAACUAAUUAUGGUCAGGCAAGAAUUGACUUUGCACAGCCAUUUAGCCUGCGAGAGUUUGUCCAGAAUAGCAAGAUUGUCAUACCUCAGUUUACCAUUAGUCAGCCCCAGAAUAAGACUGCCAAUCAGCUUCACAGUCAGCCACUUCUUGGUUGCACUCCUCCAAACUCACCUAGUCCCCUGAGCCUUACUCCACCAUCAGAUGAAGGCCCACAGACUCUACCUCCACAUCCAUUAGAUGCAUCCUCCCUCUCAGUCGCAGGAAAAGGUCACCAAAGAUCCUUAUCAAGUCCGGCAACAAAUAAUCACCUAUCACUGAAGAGGAGCUCCUCCAAUCCUUCCAGCAAUAUUAAUGCCGUCAAUCGCUCAUGUAACAAUCUCCAUGGAGCCCGCAGCAGCUCCUCCUUGUUUGGCUCUGAAGUUACUGAAGAAUAUAGAUCCCUGAUUAAGGCACUAUCACAGCAUAUUGUAUAUGAUGCUGAACGAUGCCAAGCUAUUAUGUCAACAAAUGCUGUUGCUUGGCUAUUGCUCUUUGUGUACCGUGAUGG